UGGGCGGAUUACAGGUGGUGGGGAUUGGAUUUUUUAUUGGUCUUGUUUUCGGAAAUCUUCAAUACAUCGACAUGAAUUCUACAAGAAAUCUGGCAAUUAUUGGACUUUCUAUGCUGUGGGGCCUUGUCAUACCAUACUGGUCAAAAAUAAAAGGCGAUGACGUCAUCAAUACAGGUAGUGUAGAUGCUGACAAUUUACUCAAGAUGCUUACAAGGAACCCUAAUUUUGCCGGAUUUCUUAUCGCACUCAUUCUGGAUAAUACAGUACCAGGAACAUUUAAAGAACGAGGAAUGGCCGUGUGGCAAGCAGGUGGCCAGGAAGACGAAGGCGUGGAUCAAGAGAAAGAGGGGCGAGAGGUGUAUGAUAUACCAGCUCUAACAAAAUACUUGAGAAAGUAUCGGAUUUCAGCGUACAUUCCAUUUUUACCAACAUACUGUCCAAAAACUUCUAAAAAGUCAAACUGA